AUGGCGAAGCACCUGGUGGCCGAGAAAUUGGGACCAACCUUCGGCCAGGGUGGCGACUUCACGGUGGUGGUGGAGGAACGUCAGGGUGAAGGCGACACUUCCGCUGAGCGCAAACGGACGGAGUUCAAAGUCUGGUCCGUGAUCCUCUCGGCGUGGUCAGAGGUCUUUGAGAAGAUGUUGAGCCAGGACUUUGUGGAGAGCACCAAGAAAGAGGUGGUCAUCAAGGACUUCUCCAGCUUUGCGGUUGAGACCUUCUUGAAGUUCUUGUACAAGGGCACUGUGGACGCAUCACCCGAAAGGCUUUGCGAAGUAAUUGUCAUUGCGGAUAAGUACCAGGUCUUGCAGUUUAAGAACCUUUGCCUGAAGAUGGUGGAGGACAACAUGAAUGUGAAGAAUGUUUGGGCCAUUUUCCAAAGUGCAGAUGAAUUUCAAGUGCAGGACAUUCGUCAAAAAAGCAAGGAUCUCAUAUUGACUGAAGCCAAAACGGUCUUUGCAACCAGACCCCUCGUGAGAGAUGAACUGCUGGAAGAGGUGUUCUCUUCCAAUUUGAUGUGCGUUACAGAUGAGGAGUUGCUGUCCCUUCUCAAAACGUGGACAGAUCCUCCAGAUCAAAUCAGCAGCCAGACACUUGUGGACCGCUGGGUCUCGAUGGCAAAGACGCCCAAACGCAAACGUGGUGAACACUCCACAGACCUCAUACGGUGUGUCAAGGGUCGCUUCGAUACCUUCUCUAAAAGUCAGACCUCACAAGGAAAGUCGUGGCCCAAGGAACCUUCGCUGUCCAGACCGAUCUUUCUGGCAAACUGGGUCUCUGUCAGCUAUGCAUUGUCUGGAGACUAUGCGCCAUAUGCUCAUGUGAUUGCAGAAGGCAAUGCAGGCUGCAAGCUGCAAGCAGGCGACUGGAUUGAGUGGAGACUUCCCAAGUUUGGUGCACAAUUGAUGGGCAUCGUUUUCAGCGAAGUAUUGACACAAAGAGACCAUCUUGAGAUUUUCUGUGCUGCAGACUGCUCAGAAUGGCAACGUGUAUUCUCGUCCAAAGAGUACGGUGCUAUAUAUCCUGGUUUUGGCGGAAACACUCUGGUAAAAUGCAGGUGCCAGCACUUGGCGCAACGUUUCAAAGUUCACAUGAUUUCAGGGGAAUUUCAGCUCCCGGGUAUCAAGUUUCAAGGCAUUCUGGCGGAAGUGCCGUGA